UAUACCAUAAAUUAAAGAUUUAUUUUUGAGAGGAGAAUUCUUUAAUUUAAAUUAAGAAACAUUGAAAACCUCUAGCUUAAGGCACGUUUGCAGUUGUGAAAUUUGUGUAAUGUGGAAUUUUUCUGACGAAAUGAAAUUACAAGUCGAAAAUUUAAAGAAAAUUAACAUCGAACAUUUUGAAGAUAAAAAUCAAAAUUAUGAAAGAGAAAAGUGGCUUAAACUAAUACAAUGUAUGCAAACUCGAUCAACGAAUUUAAUCAGAACACGACCGAAACUAGUAAAUGAAAAUACUAUUAGAUACUACAAUCAUGCAGUUCAAAAUCAAAUGCAAGUUAAAUAUACUGAGGAAAUUAAUGUACUGAAAAAUGAACCUCAAAUAGAACCAAUUGAAACAUUGAAAAGUCCAGAAAGUUUACUGGACUCCCCAAAUACUGAUUUAAGAAUGAGCGAAGAUAUUGAAAAAGAACAUUUAAAAUUACAAACUUUCACUGAAUGUUUGGACUCGGGAAAAGCUUUAUCUGAAGAUCAAUUAUAUGAAGUGUUCAGAAUUGCUGUAAAUUAUAAUAUUGACAUAAAUCAUAUAAUGGAAAAAAUAAAUGAAGUACAAAAAUCGGAAAAUAUAAAUAUAUUGUAUAAAAUAUUUGCAUCAGUUCAGCCAAAUAAUUCAAUGGUUAAAAGCUUCUUAAAUUCUAUCAUUAAGCCAAGGAUAUUAUUCAAUGAGAAAUCAAGAUGUUUAGAUCAGUGUUUAAUUUCAUGCUUAAAAGAUUUCGCUGAAGAGGCUACCGAUUUGAUUAUAUUGCCCAUUCUCUUAGAUUUAGAUGCUAAAAGGAAGUCCACAUUGUUGACAAUAAACAAUUGUGUUUCUGAUAUUGGAAAAAACUAUAUUUUAAGUGGAUUUGCUGUUCAUAACAUUCUAACGAAGGAACAAAUACCAAUUAUUGAGAAAUUAAUUACAGUUCAUAUGGACACUGACCUAAUAACAAAAGUAAUCCAUUUAAUACAUAAAUUCAAGGAUAUUUUUUCAAAUUUGACAUCAUUCGGUGGGUUCCUUGUGACUUUUACAAAAGCAGUUAUUUCGAAGAUUAAAUCAAAAGACAAAGAAAUAUUAGUAGAAGUCAUAAAAAGCAAUGCAUCAAUUCAUAAAAGAACUCUAAUGGUAAUAAUGAAAAUAAAUGAAUAA